GUUAGACCUCAGAUUUAGGUCAAGUAAAUUGUAUUGUAAUAUGUCAGAGAUGUAGACUUUUCUCCCCCAAACCAAAUUCUCAAUUAAGUUUUGUACAGAAUUUACGGCCUACGCAGCCCUUCUAAAUGGGAAAGUCGGUAGAUGUGGUUGUCUUCGGGACGGCAAACAUCGACUACAUAACAUAUGUCCCGGAAUUGCCAAAACCCGGUGAACUGGUCGCCGGAACGUACAUGGAGACCAGUUUCGGCGGCAAGGCGGCCAAUCAGUGUGUGGCAGCUGCCAAAUUGGGAGCCUCCACCGUUCUGGUCGCAAAGUUGGGCAAGGACGAGUCCGGGGAUGACUACCUAAACCACCUGCGCCAGCACGAGGUGGAUGUGACGCACGUCCAGCAGGUGGAGAACAAUCCCACGGGCAUGAGCGAAAUCGCGGUUUCCGAGGAGGGAGAGCAGUACAAGAUUAACGUGGCGGGUGCGAAUGCCUUUCUCACGGCAAAGGAUGUGAGCCGCGCUAAGAAGUCCUUCCAGGACGCGAAGGUGCUCCUCUGUCAACUGGAAACGGAGAUGAAUGCCACCAUGUGUGCGUUGCGCCAGUUCAAAGGGGUUUCCCUGCUCCACAUGUCGCCCAUGCGAAAAGACAUUCCAAAGGGCAUGAUUGGUUUGCCCAGUAUUUUAGUUAUGAACCAGGAGGCAGCCGCCAAGCUAACCGAUAUGGAGGAAGUGAAAACCCCUGAUCAAGCCCGAUCUGCAGCCGCAACUCUUAUUGAAAUGGGAGCCAAAAGCGUGAUCAUUACCAUGGGCGAGCAAGGAGCGGCUUACAUGGCCAAGAAGAGCAAGGAUACGUGCACCCUGGUGCCCGCCUCCGAUGUGCCGCACUUGGCCGAUUCCUCGGGGGCAGGAGAUGCCUUCAUGGGCAGCUUGGCCUACCACAUAGCUCGGUUCCCCAAACUGUCCACCGAGCAUCACAUCAGUGCGGCCCACUCCUGCGCCGCCUACUCCAUGGGCCGCCGCGGCACUCAGCCAAGUUUUCCCGGCAAGGAAAGCGCCAAAAAUGACCUUUGCUUUUCGUCACCCACCUUCAGUGUCAUUCCACCGUCUAGUUCGCGAAAUGAAGAGGAUCCUGAGGUGCCAAAAACCCCACCGCCUUCAAUAGUAGCCACUUCACCCGCAGAAGCUCAGCCCCAAAACGAAGCUGUGGAAGAACCUCCAGCACCUCCACCGGAAAAUCCGAUUCUAGAAGCAAAUCAGCCGAAAGCAGUGGAAACCGCCGACGAACCACCGAAGCCCGUUGAGACCACCGAUGAACCUCCAAAGUCUGCGGAAACCGCAGAUGGAGCUGCGAAACCCGCCGUGGAGACUGCCAAUGAACCACCUGCUAAUAAGGCAUAAAAAUCAAAUAUUUGCAAAGAAAUUAUUAAAUAAGUUUCUAAGGUUUCAGAGAGCCAUACUUUCAUUUGAUACUUUUUUAUU